GAAUUAAAAAAAAAAAAAAGAUUGUUAAAGUAUCCAAACAAUGGUUUUCAUUCAUCUAAAAUGCAACCACAUGGAAAGCACUCAUAUUUCAGUACCAACCACUGACCAAAAAGAAAAUCAGUAACAACCCAAUUAUAGAUAUACUGUAGGCUUGAUUUAGGGCUAAUUAUUCCAUAAUCCCAACCAAUGUUUGUUGAUUAAUUUAGAUUUGCUUAAAAGUUGAAAAUCAGUGUUGACCAAUACAGUUCCAUUAAUAGCUUCUUUUUAAAACACAGAUCACCCAUUAAUUUACAUGCACCGAAAUAUAAGUUGAACUCUUAUGAAAUUAAGCUUGUCAUCUAAAUGACAUGAAUGAUUCUGUUACUAAAUCUGUUACCUUUCUUUGCUUAUCUUGACAACAAAUAUAUAUAUGUAUAUAUUCACCACCAAGCACCACCAUCACCACCUCCAUCACCAUACCAUAUAUCUCCUUAGUCUUUAGAUGAGCAAUACUGCACUUUUAAGUGGAUAUACAGCAAGUAAGAGCUUGAGGGUUGGGAAGUAAGUGCUCAUAGGCCUUCCCAGUAACAUAUAUAUAUAUAUACCAGACCAACUCUUCACUUCACCACCAUACCAACCUUGCCAAUCUUUAACUCUUUUGUCACAUAAAAUCACUUAUCAACUUAAAGUACUCAACACAAACAUGAAAGGCAUUUCCAUUUCUUUCUUCUUCUGCUUCUCCUUCUCUCUCUUCCUUCUGUCACUUCUUGGUGAGGUUAAAGCAGGUGAUCAAGCUCAAAACAAUGGUGUUUAUAUAGUAUACAUGGGGGCUGCCACUUCACAAAAUGGUACCGCAAGGGAUGAUCACACUCAGCUUCUGACCUCUUUGUCAACAAGGAAACCAAAUGCAUUGGUACACACCUACAAACGUGGUUUCUCAGGGUUUGCUGCCCGGCUGACCAAGGAGGAGGCAGAUUCAAUGGCAGAGAGACCUGGAGUGAUAUCAGUAUUCUCUGAUCCAGUGUUGAAGCUCCACACGACACGUUCAUGGGAUUUCUUGAAGUAUGAGACUGAUCCAGAAGUUGAAUCGAAGCCUAGUUCGGACUCUGAGUUGUUGUCUCAGGGAUCAGACACCAUAAUUGGAAUCUUGGAUACAGGUAUUUGGCCGGAGUCAGCAAGUUUCAGUGACAAGGGCAUGGGCCCAAUUCCGUCAAGGUGGAAGGGGACCUGCAUGGAAGGACAAGAUUUCAGCUCUUCCCACUGUAACAGAAAAUUGAUUGGAGCAAGAUACUACAAUGACCCAGACGACGAAGGAUGGACCAAUCGGACGCCUAGGGACAUGGUUGGUCACGGCUCUCACGUGGCAUCAACGGCUGCCGGAGCCCCAGUCCCCGGGGCAUCAUACUAUGGUCUAGCCAUGGGGACUGCCAAAGGUGGGUCCCCAGGGUCGAGGAUCGCUGUCUACCGUGUGUGUGCACCUGAUGGAUGUCUUGGGUCUGCUAUUUUAGCAGCCUUUGAUGAUGCAAUAUCAGAUGGUGUUGAUGUUAUAUCCCUAUCACUCGGUUCAUCACCUGAAUUGGCAUCCGAAUUCUCAUCUGAUCCGAUUGCGAUUGGAGCAUUCCACGCUGUCGAGAAGGGGAUCACCGUGGUCUGCUCCGCAGGGAAUUAUGGGCCUGAGCCUGGAACCGUUGUGAAUGUUGCUCCUUGGAUUUUGACUGUUGGUGCCACCAGCAUUGACCGUGAUUUCGAAUCCAAUGUUGUGUUGGGUAACAAUAAAGUGAUUAAGGGUGGAGGCAUUCAUUUUGGUAACAUCCAAAAGACUCCCGUAUAUCCCUUAAUACAUAGCCUCGACGCCAUGGAUGAUCAGAGUGACGAAGAUGAUGGAAGAAACUGUUACCCAGGCACACUAGAUGAUUACAAAGUGAAAGGGAGGAUCGUGAUAUGCGAGAACGAUGAAGUUGAAUACAUGAUCAAAGAGAAAGUUUAUGGAAUAAAAAGUCAAGGUGGAAUUGGAGUAAUUAUGAUUGAUGAUGAAGAAAAGAUUCUUGCUUCUAGUUAUGGAUAUUUCCCAACCUCUAUAGUCUCUUCUGAUGAUGGUGAUCAAAUACUCAACUAUUAUUGGUCCAUCAGUAAACCAGUUGCAACAAUUCUUACAACGGCAUCAGUAACAAAAUACAAGCCAGCUCCUGUGGUGCCCUUUUUCUCAUCUAGAGGCCCUUCUCUCAGCACAGAUUGUCUUCUCAAGCCGGACAUUGCAGCACCGGGAGUGGCCAUUCUAGCAGCAUGGCUGAGCAAUGACACAUCAGAGGCUCUGAAGAACAAAGACCCACCACUCUUCUUUUUGCUCUCGGGAACUUCCAUGUCAUGUCCUCACGUUGCUGGGAUUGCUGCCACUGUAAAAUCUCAGUUCCCCACAUGGAGUCCCUCUGCAAUCAGAUCAGCCAUAAUGACUACUGCAACUCAAACUAACAACAUGAAGGGCCCAAUAACAGCAACAUCAACAGAUUCAGAAUCAGUUGCCGCCCCUUAUGAUUAUGGUGCAGGGGAAGUAACUGCAGGAGGGCCAUUGCAACCAGGGUUAGUCUACGACGCUGGCAUAUUCGACUACCUACUGUUUCUCUGUUACUAUGGCUACGACACGUCCAAAAUAAAAAUAAUUUCCUCAGCAAUUCCAGUAGGAUUUAUGUGCCCAAACCCAAAUAAGAACACUGAUUUGAUCUCCAACGUGAACUACCCAUCAAUAGCAAUCUCCAAUUUCACAAAAAACGAAAAAAAGUUCAUUUUCAGAACCGUCACGAAUGUUGGUGUUGACGAUGAAACAAUUUAUACAGUUACUGUGGAUGUGCCUUCCGGAUUGGAUGUCCAGGUGGCACCGGGUAAACUACAAUUUACCAAGGCGAGUAAGAAGAUGGGCUACACAGUGAUUUUCACACUUACUGAAUCUGUACCGGAGGGAGGUAUGUUUGGUUCGAUUACUUGGACCAAUGGGAAGUACAGAGUUCGGAGUCCCUUUGUUGUAAACAGUUAAUAAGUGCUUAGAAAUAUGGUUAGUAAUGUUAGUUUAGAUUCAGGACACAAUGAAUCCAAUCAUUAACAGGAAAUAAAAAGAUUUGUAUCUUUGAAGGUUUUCAAUCCUAUGAUCGUUAGAUUUUAGAAGGAAUGAGAGAGGCCAAUGAUCCUCUGUUCCUAAAUCUGCCUAUCUUCUGUCCCAAUUCAUCUACAAUGAUUGAAUCAUAUGAGAAUCUAAAGAUACGACCUUAAGACAUCCAAUUGUAAAUGAUUUGUGACAAAGUGACAAACAAAUUUAUGAACAAAAGGAUCCCUAGCUGUUGAUAGUGUUAAUAUCUGUAGUUUAUUGCUCUCACACAGACUAACAAUAUUACCCAAAAAGGCUACCUCCACAUUUAUAGAUUAUCUAGAAAAAAAAAAA